GUGCGGUUUCGACUAUGAGCCACGGGGCUCUUGUGAGCAAUGUUUUCAAAGUCUGGAAUUGAUUUUAAUGGGGAGUAUCCUUCGCCCGCUUUUCAACCUAUGGAUCUAUUGGGGCUUUCAUACUCGCUUUAAACGCAGCAGCCGAGCGCAGUUUCUCACCUUAUUGCUUCGUCCGCGUCGCCUAAGACAGAUAUCAGCGUGGAGCAGUAAAUGCAGUAAGGGCUGUAAACUGUGCUUUUACUGCCUAAACUUGCCGGCAGAGCUAUACUAAUUGUGACAUACACAAGUAAAACAGGGAGAGAAAAAAAAACACUUUUCAUCGUUUGGGUGAUUUUAUUUUAUUUUUACGAUUACAUUAUAUUUUCAGUUUUUAGAUUCCAGUGGCUGGAUUGUCUCUUUUGAAAUUAUUUUUUUUCUUAAAAGGAGUUUUAUUUUAGGAAUUGACACAUCAUUGGAUCCUCCCUGUGCACUCCUCAGCACCAAAUGAUUCAUCUGUACCCUACUGAAGGCUAUUUCCUUUUUGCCAUCAUUGACCUGAUUGCAAAGCUAUCGUAAGACUCGGAGGUGAAGCUCACCAGGACGCGCUCUCGCCCUGAGGCCCGAGCAGCAGAAUGAGCGCCGCUUGGAGAUGUCUGCUGGGCACCUGCCUCCUCACCCUGGCGGCAGCAGCGGCAUCCAGUAGCAACCCGUUCGCAAUCCAGCAGAGCCCCGCAGAUCCCUGCUACGAGGAGAGCGGUGUCGCCCGGAGGUGCAUUCCUGAGUUCAUUAAUGCCGCAUUCGGGAAGGAGGUGCAGGUGUCCAGCACGUGUGGCCGGCCGCCAUCUCGCUCCUGCAGCGUGGUGGAGCGUGAGGAGAAGCCCGCCGUGCGCACCUGCCAGAUCUGCGACGCCGCGGACCCGCGCCGGGCCCAUCCCGCCUCCUACCUCACCGACCUCAACUCGGCUCACAACCUCACUUGCUGGCAGUCAGAGAACCUGCACACCUCUCCGCACAAUGUCACGCUAACACUGUCCUUGGGCAAGAAGUUUGAGAUCACCUAUGUUAGCCUCCAGUUCUGCUCGCCGCGGCCUGAGUCCCUGGCCAUCUACAAGAGCAUGGAUUAUGGCAAGACCUGGACGCCGUACCAGUUCUAUUCCUCACAAUGCCGGCGCAUGUACAAUCGGCCCAACAAGGCAGUGAUCACAAAGCAGAACGAGCAGGAGGCUCUGUGCACAGACGGACACACCGACCUCUAUCCCCUCUCCGGAGGCCUUAUUGCCUUCAGCACCCUGGACGGCCGUCCGUCCGGAAAGGACUUCGACAACAGCCCUGUCCUGCAGGACUGGGUGACCCUGACCGAUAUCCGCGUGGUAUUCAGCCGCCCACAGCUACCCCGCGACCUGGCCGGGGCCGGCCGGGAGGAGGACCCUGCGGCUCCAUCCUCACCCAUGCCGGUGUACUUUUAUGCGGUGGGAGACUUCCAGGUGGGUGGGCGCUGUAAGUGCAAUGGGCAUGCCUCGCGCUGUCUGAAGGAUAAGGAGGGCAAGCUGGUCUGCGACUGCAAGCACAACACUGAGGGCCCCGAGUGCGACCGAUGCAAACCCUUCCACUAUGACCGGCCUUGGCAAAGGGCCACAGCACGGGAGGCCAACGAAUGUCUGCCUUGCAACUGUAAUCUUCACGCCCGCCGCUGCCGCUUCAACAUGGAGCUGUACAAACUGUCCGGGAGGAAGAGCGGGGGAGUGUGCAUGAACUGCCGACACAACACCGCUGGUCGUCACUGCCACUACUGCAAGGAGGGCUUCUACAGGGACCUCUCCCGGCCCAUCAACCACCGCAAGGCUUGCAAAGCUUGUGACUGCCACCCAGUGGGCGCUGCUGGUAAGACGUGUAACCAAACGACGGGUCAGUGCCCCUGCAAGGACGGCGUGACGGGCAUCACCUGCAACCGCUGCGCCAAGGGCUACCAGCAGAGUCGCUCUCCCGUGGCCCCCUGCAUCAAAAUCCCGGUGGUGAACCCAACCGCAGUGGUCAGCAGCACAGAAGAACCAGCAGACUGUGAGUCGUACUGCAAGCCUGUAAAGGGAAACCUGAAGAUCAACAUGAAGAAGUACUGCAAGAAGGAUUAUGCUGUGCAAGUGAACGUUUUGGACAUGGAGACCGUGGGCGACUGGGCCAAGUUCUCUGUCAAUGUGGCGUCGGUCUACAAGAGCCGUGGGGAACCGCUGAAGCGGGGCGACAACUUCCUCUGGAUCCAUAUGAAGGACCUGGGCUGCAAGUGUCCCAAAAUCCAGAUGAGCCAACGCUUCCUGGUGAUGGGUACCAACAACAGCGGGUCGGAGCGGACCGGCCUGCUGGCUGACAAGAACAGCCUGGUCAUCCAGUGGAGGGACGCAUGGACGCGACGACUGCGAAAGUUCCAGCGCAAGGAGAAGAAGGGGAAGUGUAACAAGGCGUGACGGGAGAGCGCCCCCUUCGGAGCUCCUGACACCUUGCAGGAUGCAGCAUGCCCGGGAACGGCACACAUACAAAGACUGCAUGUGUUAUGCCCCUUUAAGGACCACUUUGUGUAUAUUGUACUAUUUCCCGCCGUUUCCUGUUGUUUUUCAUUCGCGUGUGACUUUUUUUUUUAUUGGUCUGCCUUGAAAAGGGACCGUUAAAAAGGGUACAACGUGUAGAUGAGAGUUCAUGCCAUUCCCCCCGUCCUUGACAAAGAAAGUAGAAAUUGUGAACUUGUCCCCCUCCCUUCGUCCCCAGACUGGUUACCUCUUAACACAAUUUAUACUUUUUACUUAGAAAGUAUAAAGCCACACAGUCUUCUUCUGCCAUUAGCUAAAACCCAGACAGAUUCUGUGCCGCCACCUCUGCCUUCUGCCUGAUUUGGCGUCACCGCUGCCGUAACACCUCUCGGCUGCUUGGGGAUUGGACGGCAGAGACGCCGCAGGCUGCCACAGCCAGCGAGACUCCUCAUUGGACCGCAGGCCCAAAGUCCUUUCACAGUUUAGCCUAUGGGAGGAAAUUCCUGGAGGUCUGGGAUUCACUGGUUGCUGGGCUGGCUACAUAUUUUCCACUGUCCUUGUCACAUGACGAAGGUGACAGGCGGGCUUGGAGGUGUUUUCUUUCCUUGAAUUCUAGCUGCUACAGCCACUUUACCCCCACCCAUAACCCAUAAUCCCUUGCACCAGAAGGGUACCUGAUGUAAACUGUCCUUGGCAGAAGAAUCUCUGAAACGCCAAUGUCAUGUGACCAGUGAUCCUGUGUUUCGUCUGACUGCUUGAGUUUCACCCACUUCUUCCACUCACAUCACGUUGCAAACUGACAGGGCUGUCAGGCUGUUUCCACGAGAGAGAUCAAAAAUGUACAUGUCUUUGAUUAUUGUUUUCACCUGUCAGGUCAGCCUCUUCAUGUUUUUCAUUUUUAACAGAUGCCUGUGUUUACAUACGUGAGGACGUGUGAGGAUUUUAGCAUCACAGGGCCCCGUUUGCUUAGGUUCAGUGGCGGACGAGGAAACGAAAGAAAGCAAAUUGUUUCCAAAUGAGGCUUAAAUGAGGCUUUGCAGUCAGCCUUUGGUUUUAUACAGGCUGUGAUGAUGCUACCACUUCUUUUAAAUGUUUUCUUUCAAUCCAUAACUUGUUGUGAAUUGAUAAAAAGGAAAACGAGGACAAACUGAAUGAAAAAUGCAGUCCUUUUUGUUUUGAAAGUUUUAUUUUUGUCUUGCCUGAAAUUUGUUGUCUUUUAAAAAAAAAAAAACAGAAUGUAAACAGAAUGUAUGCAUGUUCCAAAAUAGCCAGCUACUAGUGAGCCUAAAGCCGUUUUUAUGCUAUUUGUUUACUAUUUUGGCAGGAGUGUGUGGCUUGGCUUGUCACACUUCCAGAUCCAUUCGCAAGCGUGCUUCUCCGUCGCGGUGCACACUCCCGGUCCCGGGCACUUCGUGACGCAGUAGCGGGAGCAGACGGAGCCGUUCAGCAUUUGUUUUCAUUCCCGAAACGAAUGUGACCGGGGGGGCGGGCAAAAAAAUGUGGAAGGGCAGAGCCGCUCCACGGUCUGAUUGCUAUGGCUGUCCAUGAGAUUAUCGUGUUAUGCUUGGCAUUCAUGCCGGCUUGCUUGUAGCAUAUGUAAGUCAAAGUAUGGUUUUAAACAAAAAUUGAAAGGUACAGCUGAUAGUUCAUGUUACCCAGUGGCCCGAUGGGGAUGGUGGAGACUAAGACCAAUUUUCAGGCUCCUCUCUGGUAGCCUGGUGCAUCCUGCAACGUAACUGAACACGUUAGGAAAAGACCUUUGAUUCUGCUCGGCAAUACCGACAUUCGGUGCAGUCUCAUUAAAGUGAAAUCUAACCAUUGGUCACCCCCGGCCUGUGCAGAGAUCGCACAAUAGCUGCCAUCUUACAUCGCUGGCAUGAGCAUACCAAGCUGGCAUAGUCUGCUUGAGUUUGAGUUAAAGCACUGUCUUUGAUUGGUCAUUCCAAAUGAGACUAUUAAACACAAACUUACUCAUUGGUGCAUUCAGUGCCUGCUCAUUCACGAACGAAGGCCGGACGCUUUUCAUUUGUUUUCGUUCCUUAUUACUGCAGUAACGUGGAGCCACCCUGAAUUUUUGGAACGCCAGAUCCGCUCUGCUCCCGAAGGCGUAAAUCCGUUUCCAAGCGCAAGCACAGAAACGUGUCGGCUGCCGAUUUGUUUUCUCUUGACGGGCCGAGAGGCGACACCUGUUGUUUGGACUAAAACGAAGCCAAAAAAAGCGCUCGGCAGUUUAAUUGAGGCCUUAACGAGGUUUUUAAAAACAUGUUCCCUGGUAAUACUGGGAAUGCUCACAGGUGUGCGUGCCUUGUUUAAAAGAAAAAAAAGAAGGUUCGAAAAUUAUUAUGAGAGACAGAUGACAUUGUGACAGAGAGAAACCCGACGUGCUUAUUCAGAUUUGAAUACUGUUUGCAUAAUAUGUCAGGGCAGAGGAAGCUAUUAAAUUAGUUGUCAGGCUUUGCAGUUCUCACAUGUAAUUUACAUUACGGGAAUGUCAGGACUAUUUUAUGGUCAAAGUGAUUCAUGCGCUCUGCAGCCAGGGCACCUUCAGCUAAAAACAUUUAAAACUUUGGGGUUCAUAUAACAGGUCAUCAAAGAAACGGUUGAAAUGUGAAAAAGACUAAAUAAAAAAAUGGAAACCAGGCGAUGGGAUCAGAAGUGACAUAACAGCGGAGUGCAAUGAAUACUCACCCUUUGGGUUGUGUUGAAACUGGCCUUAAUACGGAAAGCCUUGCAGGGAUUGUUUACAGGACAUGGAUGAAAGCACAGUCCAGGCCUGGUUGAUGUUUUGUCUAUUGUAGGCAGUCUUUGUUUAGGACUCACCUUUACUCCCAACAAGGCAAAAAGAAAAUCCAUCAGUAUUCCUGCACAUCAGAUGGGCAGCGUUUCAGUUCCGUCUCCAUGUGCGUCUCCUGCUCCGAGGCCACCUGGAAGCUCGUCUCGGCACGGACAUGCGCUUUGUCUCUUCGACCUCCCUGUAGCCCAAGGGUCUUGCUCCAAAUUGGCUUGGGGUUUUUUUUUGUCUUCACUUUGAAUGACAUAGUGCCCCCCCCCCCUUAUCGGACAUAUCAAGGAAGCAGUCCCUUGGUGUAUCGUCUGGCGAAGUUUGAACCUUAACCCGAGCUCAUUAUCUGCGGUUUUGGAAUGAAAUCACCUAUUUACCUUUCGUUGGAUCUCGUCAUACCUUACGGCAUCGACAAUAUGCGUGGAAAGAUGAUAUCUAGAAUAUAUCUACCUACCCUUAUGUAUGUGAGAUAUGAUGCAGACGCAGUACAAUGAAAUACAAUGAAACAACCAUGCUUAAGAUCAGUUAAUUGUAAUAUGCCCUGAUAUUGAAUAUGCAGAACAGAUGUACUGUUGUUGUAGGUGCUUCAGGGUGGCCUGUGUUUGGCAAAUCACUUACGAUUUUUAAGGUUGUUUUCUUUUCCUCCAAAUCGUACAUCGUGUCUUUGCCCUUUUUGUCUGUGAUGUUGUAAAUACGUAUCGAUGUUAACUUUUAUUUCUUUUUGUAAAGCAAACAUUUCUCUUAACAAAGGAAGAGGUAGGGCGCCCAGGCUGCUGUCGAUGUGGGGGGGGGGGGAGCAGGAGGCGGAGAUUAAAGUUGGGGCAGCUGGUUUCGGCGCCUCUUCUUAACUUGUCUCGAACUUUUCCUCACAGAUACCGAACCCACUGUUUGGUACCAGGCAGCCCUGGAUUUCCCGACACCGUUGAUACGGCACUGUGUAUACCUGGGGUUUCCCGGCCCCCUCCAACCCCCAAGGGGGGGUGGUCCCACCUCGCUCCCCUGUCGGCAUCCCUGUUUUAAUUUCCUCUCUGUACAUCACCAUUCGGUGCAACAACUACCGACUUUUUAAUCGUAAGCAACAAAAAAAAUAAAUUAUUAGUUAAUAAA